AUGGAGCCUCCUCAAAAGCCCGUGGCUCCACCAGCCUUGCCAGCCUUGCCCACGCUCAAGCUACUUGACCUGUCUAGCCUGCCGCCUUUUUCAAAGCCGAUCAAGCGAAUCAAUGAUGGCCCAGACGUCUCUCGCUUCCUAAAAAGCUUGGCAUACAGGGACAUAGGAAUCUUCAUCCUCCAGCUCAACCAUGCUCUCGUUCCUCGUCACCAGCCCAACACCCCACUACCCCGCGUCUUCCCUCUACCCUCCACCAACACAGUUUCAAACACACAAUCCAUCCGAGCUCUGCAGCAACUGCUCGAGGUAGUCGAGUCAUAUCUCGACGAAGCACCACCAGACCCUGGCCCAAGACGCUUCGGUAACGUGAGCUUCCGAAAAUGGCACGGACUCCUGGAGGAGCGUAUCGGCGGCCUUCUAGACGAGGGAAGGCUGGGCGAGACGUUGAAGGUCGGCAACGGCCAGGCAAAGGAGGAGGUUUCCAGCUAUUUUCUUGGGUCCUUUGGAAGCUCCCAGCGCCUCGACUACGGCACCGGGCAUGAACUUAGCUUCCUCGCCUUCCUGGGAGGAUUGUGGAAGCUGGGUUUCUUCCAAGAUGGGCAGCAGGAUGGUGAAAUCGAACGAGAUAUCGUUCUCUCGGUGAUCGAGCCAUACCUGAGAGUUGUGAGAAAGCUCAUCCUCACUUACACCCUCGAGCCAGCUGGCUCGCACGGCGUAUGGGGCCUCGACGACCACGCCUUCAUGCCGUACAUUUUCGGUUCGGCGCAGCUAACCCGCCCGAUCAACUCGAACGAGGCAACUCCACUGGAAGGCUCCGUCCGCGGUGCCCCUCGUCCCGCCGACGUGACCAAGCCCACCGCCGUCGAGGACUACCGCAAAGUAAACAUGUACUUCUCGGCCAUCGGGUUCAUCAACGACGUGAAGAAGGGUCCUUUCUGGGAACACUCCCCCAUCUUGUUCGACAUAUCCGGCAUCAAGGAUGGCUGGGGCAAGAUCAACAAGGGCAUGAUCAAGAUGUUCAACGCCGAGGUUCUGUCAAAGUUCCCCGUCGUCCAGCACUUCACCUUUGGCGAGCUCUUCUCGUGGGAUCUGGACCCCGAGGCUGCUGAGCCUGCGCAGAGCGUCCACAUGGUGAACCAGCCCAUAGUUUCUGCCGCCGUCGCGGGCACCUCAGCGCCCCCGCCGCCAGGAAGUGGCACGGGAGCACCGUGGGCCCAGGCGACAAGGAUGCCACCCGCAUCAUCAGGACCUGGGAUUCCUUACAGCAGAGCACCCCCAGGACCAAGCUCUGGAUCUUUGGGAGCCAGGCCCACCGGUAGGUCAUUUGGCGGUGAGACCACAAAUGCGCAGAUUAGUGUUACGAAAGCGCCGUGGGCCAAAGACUGA